AUGGCUUCCGAACGUCCUGCUGGCGCUGCCGCCAACUGGCCGCAAUCUCGACCGGUAUCUGAACGCGGAGGAAGAUCAAUGGGGCGAAAUCUGAAUUCAAAGACGCCAGGACGGAAUUUCGCUGCCCAUGACGCCUGCCGUCAGUCCAAGAUCUGCUGUAGCGGAGGUAACCCUUGCGUCGCUUGCCAAUGGUAUCCCAAAGGGUGCAAUUACAGCCCCGCAGGUAGGCUGGGACGACCAAAGGACAGCAAGAACAAGCGGACGUUGAUGCAGCAAUACCUAAGACCAGAAAAUGAGCAAACGACGGGGGUAAACGAGGAUAGAAUUGGUCGAAGCAGCGGACCGGAUCUCCUGCAGUGGAACAGCCCUGACCAGGGAAAACUGCAGGCUAUGCAACAGUCAUCAUCUCAGUCUACAUCAGGCUCGAUUCCCUUCGAAUUUGACAUGUAUCAACUCUUGAAUAGCACGUUCGCCUUUAAAGAGGGAGGCGUUCCCGAAGAUAGUGUGGGACAGGAUAUGAUAUUUGAGAUGGACCAGAAUUACAUCUGGUGCUUGCGCGCAGUCGAGAGUUCGGGGCCUUGCAAUCAGGAUUGCUCAGAUCAGAAAAAAGUCGCCGAUUUUGGAGCAUCAAGGUCUCCACCAAGUCCGAAGAUAAUAGUGGCCGACGCCAUCGAAAUUAUCAUUCAAAGAGAAAAGUCCCCGCGCUUAUUCGCGGUAAAAGCUAUCUUCUACAGCCAUGGCAUCGCUCACCACCAAGAGAGGAGAGCUCAAACUUACUCUGCAAGAAAUAUACAAUCUUUUCCUCUACCAGUUGCCAUAAUUAGGGUAACUCGGCCAAAUGCGGAGUGUCCGAAUAGCGGAAAGCGGGUGGAGACGGAGAUAAGCGGGAGUUCCCGUCAAUCGGGGUUAUUGUUCCACCUCCUCCUCUCCGCCUCCUCUCCUCCUCUUCCUCCCCGCCCCCUCCCCCUCCUCCUGCAUCUCCCCUUCAUCUCCUUCCUUUCGCCACAUGGCUCCCCAGUUAGCUCUCCACCAAUCGUUGCCAACGCGAGCCCACCCCCUCCUCCACUCCCUCCUCUGUCUCCUCCCCCAGUCAUAGCAACAACUAGCGCUUCAGGAGAACCCCUUCGGCUUCCCGGCCAACAUACCUUCAAGCUCGGAGCUACAGCCCCGGUAGCAGCUGGAGCGCCUGCAGCCUCUUCAGGACCUCCAGCAAGUGAUACACAAGCUAGGCCACCUCCCUCUCCGGGUGAUGGGGCCACCUUGCAUGAGCUGCUGCACCGCGUGCAAAAGCUCGAAGAAUUAUCCGUUACAGAAAACCGUGUCACCAAGAGUCCCAACCUUCAUGUCCCGUUAGGUGCUGGCGGAGGGUCUUCUUGCUCUCAGCCAUCGCCUGCAGGGACACAUGAUUGGCAAUCCGUCCUGAACAAAUCCAGGGACUGGGGGCGAAGUCGUUGGAUGGGCGCAGCCAAUGAGUUGAACGCGGUAAUUGCUUGUUAUAGUGAGAUCGCGAGCCAGUCAGUGGAAAACAGGCAGGUAUCCUUUCAUAGUCCUGAAGCCUCAACUCUGGUCACCCAGGCGGGUGAUCUUUUGCGGAAAUGCAAAACUCAGGCGAGAAGCAUCAAGCUCGGUCGGCCCACUCGAGGCCUUUUGCCUCCAGGCCUUGGAUCGGUGCCUCCUCCUCGUGAGACCGCAGAUGCCAUGGUCGAGCUUUAUCUGUCCUCGUUUGAAUCAGUGUACGUAUCGCCGGCCAUUCUGACCUGGGCCCAGCUGCAGCGAAUACUUCAUCUCCCAACUUUUCGUGCAGAAUACCGCAAAUACUGGGAUAACCCAGAAGCGAUUACACCGAUUUUGCGCCUCAAGGUUCUCCUUGUGAUUGGCAUUGGCUCAAGCCUCUAUGACCAUGGCGACAGAGCUUCUGUGCUCCACAACAUUGACCGCGUUCAACAAUGGAUAUAUGCAGCCCAGACCUGGCUUUCCGGGCCCCUAGAGAAAGAUCGAUUGGAUAUCCCAGGGCUGCAGAUAUUUUGCCUGACAAUUCUUGCACGUCAACUUUUCUCCAUCGGAGGGGAUACGAUCUGGAUCUCGAUGGGGUCUCUAGUUCACAGUGCCAUGCAGAUAGGACUACAUCGUGACCCGAAACACCUUCCGACGAGGUCCGUGCUGGAUGCCGAAUUGCGCCGCCGGUUGUGGUACACAAUCUUGGAGUUUGUUGUUCAGGCGUCCCUCGACUCGUGGAUGCCUCCACGAAUCUCGUUCGACGAUUUCGAUACCGAGCCACCUUCCAACGCUAGCGACGAUCAGCUAAACGAGUCGACGGUCCAAUUCUUGCCGCGAGAUAGCACCACGGAGACUUCAAUUCAGCUGGCCUUGAUUCAGUCGCUGCCCGUCCGUCUUCGCAUCGUUCAGCUUCUCAAUGGACUCCACUCGGAGAACUCUUAUGAGCGAGUUCUAGCUCUAAGCUCGGAGCUGAUAACCGCACUUCAAGAGUGCAAUCGUCAUGCUUUCACGCCUUUUCAUAGGAAUCUCCUGGACUAUCUUGUCCGUCGAUUCAUGAUUCCAAUGCAUUAUUAUUUCAGUAACCAGGCGCGCAGCAACCCGCUCUUCCAUUACUCACUAAAGCUCAGUCUCGAUGCGGCCCUAGCGCUGGUCUCUCCGGAACCCAAUCCCCAAUUUGCACGAUUGAUGGCGAUGGGCGGGGGACUUUUCCGAGAGGGCAUCCGAAGUGCUACCUCCGCAAUCAGUCUCGAGCUUCUCGCGCACGUCGAAACCCAGCGCCUGAAUGGUACCUUGUACCGGACUCGCCAAUACCGGGAAUUCCUCAAGCAGGUGGUGCGGGAUCUUAUCGACUUGUCCGAGGAUCGCAUUCGUCAAGGUGAAACGAAUGUGAAGAACCACAUGUUCCUCAGCAUGAUUCUUGCUCAGGUUGAAGCCGUUGAAGCAAAUAAAACCGUAGAAGUAGAGGUGGCGCGGGGGGCCAGGGACAGUUUAGGGCUUUGCAACACCUUGCUUCAGACCAGAGAGCAGAGCUCAAUGUCGUCAGAGGAAUAUGCGGCUAUUGCGGCGAUGGAGAUUGACGGCAGCCAGGAUUUGGAGGGACUGGGGCCUGGUUUCGAUUGGGAGUCCUUUUUUCCGGACGUGGCCUCGAGUCAGUGGAUUGGAUGAUGCCUCGUGCUUUAAGAUAUGAACUCGAGGGUUAAUCCUUCUUUGCACUAUUUGAUGUGGUUAAUGUGGUUGAUGUAUUUGUUAGUGUUUGUUUCUGUCUUUGCACCUGCCGCCUUAGGCAGAAACUCCCUCCAUCUUCCCGCCUUGAUUCACUUUCGCAAUUCCUUGCUGGCGUCAGAAAUCAUUUCGAAAACUGCUGUACCCGAGGGCCAAUUUUAUCUUGAGAAUAUGGGCAACCCCUUUACAAUAAUGAGCACAUACGACCACAGGGUGUGGAAAACAGGGCUUCCCGUCCGCUCAGCCGUACUUAAGCCACCUAUUGAACGCGGCCGAGUGGAAUAUGAGCCCUUUCUCAGUCGCUGCUUUAUGGGUG